AUAAUGGUAGUUAAAAGUGGCGGAAGGUGGUGGUCGACGGUGGGGGUUGGUGGUGGGGUGGUGGUUGACUUAGGUGGCUUAAUCAAGGAAGGGGUGGUGUGCUGGGGCAGAAAUUAGAGAACAAAGGCUGCUGGCUGCUGGUGCUGCAGACCAGCAGAGAAACACUGUCUCAGACAACGUUUUAUGUUGAACAUAAGACGCUGUCUCAGACAGCGUUUUAUGUGUUUAUUAAUUUUUUUUUCUCUUUUUAUUUUUAAAAAACAGAAAUUACAAAUUUUUUUUUAAAAAGUCAACAACUAAAAACGCUUUUUAGGUUAACUUUUUUUUAAAAAAAAAAUUCAGGGCAUAAAACGCUGUCCGCCCUGGAAGCUUAGUUUGGUAAAUAUUUUUACCACGCGACCAUUUUGGUAUUUAUUUUGUCAAUUGGGCUUAGAUUGGAGAAAAGUCCGUAAAUUUUCUUACUGUGUAAAAAUAAAAAAAAAACGUCACGAAUCAUCUCCUUCCUACAAUCCUACUACUCCCAAAUCCCAAUUCACCUCCAAUACCCAUCUUUUAACCCAAUUCAAUUUGAAAAACAAACAAGAAGAUUGAAACAAAGGGAUUCCGAUCAAAUUCAAACUGUUCCCAGAAAUCGAAUUGGGGCAUAUCAACUGAAUCCCACCUGGAUUUUCCAGUAAUGUCCCAAAUGGAGGUCCUUGAUUUAGGGGCUUUUGUGGGAGAUUUAUCCAUGGAGGACGAUUGCGCCAGUGAUGAUGUGUCACUUGAAGGGCUACAACAAGAGCUGGAAGAAUGUAUACAUGAUGAUGUUGUGGCUAACAUCCUGUCAAAAGGUAUUAAACUACGCGACUAUACAAAGACUGUUGAGAAGAACUUACGUGAAGGUGAAUUAGAUUCUAUACAGGAUUAUAUUAAAGAAAGUGAUAAUCUUGUGUCACUUCAUGAUCAAAUUCGUGACUGUGACACCAUCUUGUCACAGAUGGAGUCCCUUCUAAGCGGAUUUCAGGCUGAGAUUGGUUCCAUAAGUUCAGACAUAAAAGUUCUCCAAGAGAAGUCAAUGGACAUGGGCUUGAAGCUGAAGAACCGCAAGAUGGCAGAAUCAAAAUUGGCCAAAUUUGUUGAAGAUAUAAUCGUUCCACCAAGGAUGGUUGACAUUAUCGUCGAUGGUGAGGUCAAUGAGGAGUACAUGAGAACAUUAGAGAUACUCAGUAAAAAGUUGAAGUUUGUGACUACAGAAUCAACGGUGAAGACAUCAAUGGCUUUAAAAGAUGUUCAACCUGAGUUGGAAAGACUUCGGCAGAAGGCAGUUUCCAAGGUUUUUGAUUUCAUUGUUCAGAAGCUUUAUGCGUUGAGAAAACCAAAAACAAACAUACAGAUCCUUCAACAAAGUGUCCUUUUGAAAUAUAAGUAUGUUAUUUCAUUUCUUAAAGAACAUGGCAAAGAAUUGUAUACAGAAGCCCGUGCAGCUUACCUUGACACAAUGAACAAGGUUUUGAGUGCACAUUUCCGUGCUUAUAUACAAGCCUUGGAGAAACUGCAACUUGAUAUAGCAACAUCAAAUGAUUUGAUUGGUGUUGAAGCCAGAGGCACCAGUCUUUUCUCAACCAGAAGAGAGCCUUUGAAGAACCGUUCUUCUGUUUUUUCUCUGGGGGAUAGAAUAAACAUUUUAAAGGAAAUUGAUCAACCUGCAUUGAUUCCUCAUAUAGCAGAAGCGAGCUCUCAGAAAUAUCCUUAUGAAGUUCUUUUCCGGAGCCUGCAUAAGUUGCUGAUGGACACUGCCAGUUCUGAGUAUCUUUUCUGUGAUGAAUUUUUUGGAGAAGAGUCCUUAUUUACUGAAAUAUUUGCAGGUCCAUUUGCAGUAAUUGAUGAGCACUUCAACACAAUUUUGUCAAAUUCUUUUGACGCUAUUGGGCUAAUGCUCAUGAUUCGCCUUACCCAUCAGCACCAGCUUAUCAUGUCAAGAAGAAGGAUUCCUUGCUUGGACUCAUACUUGGAUAAGGUGAACAUUGCACUAUGGCCCCGUUUUAAGAUGGUCUUUGACAUGCACAUCAACAGUCUACGUAAUGCAAAUGUGAAAACGUUGUGGGAAGAUGAUGUUCGUCCUCACUAUGUUAUGAGGCGUUAUGCUGAGUUUACUGCCUCCCUCAUUCAUCUCAAUGUUGACUACGGAGAUGGCCAGCUGGAGAUGAACUUGGAAAGACUUAGAAUGGCAGUUGAUGAUUUGAUUAUGAAGCUGUCUACGCAGUUUCUUAAAUCAAAACUGCAAAGUGUGUUUCUUAUAAAUAACUAUGAUAUGACGAUUGCAGUCUUAAAGGAAGCUGGUCCUGAUGGUGGUAAGAUUCAGAUGCAUUUUGAGGAGGUCCUGAAGAGCCAAACAACUAUAUAUGUGGAAGAACUACUGCUGGAGCACUUCAGUGAUUUGAUUAAGUUUGUGAAGACCAGGGCAUCCGAGGAUCAAAGUUCAACUUCUGAGAAGGUCAUAUCAGUGAGUGAAGUUGAGCCACUUGUGAAGGACUUUGCUAGCAGAUGGAAAGAUGCAAUUGAGCUGAUGCACAAAGAUGUGAUAACAUCCUUCAGCAAUUUCUUGUGCGGCAUGGAGAUCUUGAGAACUUCACUAACCCAGUUGCUGCUUUACUACACACGGCUGUCAGAGUGUGUAAAGAAGGUGCAGGGAGGGUCUGCACUGAACAAGGAUCUCGUCUCUAUUCAAUUAAUUAUUCAUGAGAUUAGGAAAUUCUCAAGGACUUUCUAGGUUUGCUGUAAUCUUUUUUACCCUGACAUAAGACAUAGCAAGUUUCGAGAAAUGUUGAUACUUUGAGUUGAUUGUUAUAAGAACAAAGUCGAGUUUUUUCCUCAAACCUCAUCUUUAGCGAGGGCUGUAGAAGAAGUGAUCCUUAUAAUUCAGCUGCUGUUAUGAAACCCUCCAACGUCUGGAUUGUUAUGGAGGAAAGUGGACAAAAUACAUAUUUCGGAACUGUUUUGUGUAUUAUGGUCUAUCCCCAAUUUUGGGUCUUUGAUUUGUUCAACAUUGGAUGUAAAAAGUUGGAUAAUUGACUUGAAAUUAAUACAACUUA